GUGUUUCCCCCAUUCUAGAAAUAUUACCUCGAAGUAUAAGAAAAAUGUCCCUUUGAAACAAUGAGGAAGGAAGAUUUGUAUUUAAUUAUUCAGAAUAUUAAUCAAUUAAUUAUUCAUCUGUGUUUUGGCUACUGAGAUAAUGUAUAAUGUCUUGACUUGAGCCUUUCCUGUGUAUUGUAAACAGCAUUCAUUUAAAAGCAGAAUCACAAUACUUUGUGACUUCCAAGCCUUUGGUAGAUAAGAAAGAAAGAAAGUCCAGUGGCAUCUGUCCAUUCUAAGCCUUUCUGUGAUGGAUCCACACCAGCAAGAAGCUCUAAAUGAGGUGCAAAACACCAUCUAUAGAACAGCCCUGAAAUUACGCACUGUGCAAAUCCUGUGCCAAUUGGGCUGGACUGAUGUCUCCCUGAUCCAGCACAUCUUGCCAAGCCGCCAGUGUCAGGAGAAGCAGAACUCCCUGACAACUCAGCAGCUAUUGCAGUUGCUGAAGGAAUUAUUCCAGAAAGCUAAAUUAGAGAACCCAGGCCAGGUAGAUCCACAGGGCCCUGAGCACACCCUGAACUUGAUAGUUUCCAUGUAUGACAGGAGUGGAACAGGUUUUAUCAAAGCCAGAUCAGCUGCAGCUGCCCUAAUUGCUCUCUCAGGAGACAGUCUGCUUACUAAAUACAAAGCUUUCUUUCAACUCUAUGCUGACCCCAGUGGGAGAGAGACCCUGAUCACUCAGAGCGCCAUGAAGAGCCUGCUGACAGACUUACACCAGAUCCCAGCUGCUGUGGGGGAAAGCUGUGGUCUGUCUUGUGUGGAAAUUGCUAUUCAAAGCUGCUUCCAUGGGGUUCUGAACUCAGCAAUAGGUGAAGAGAAAUUCCUAUCUUGGCUACGAUCUGAACCUGGCCUUCUUCUGUGGCUUCCUACAUGUCAUAGAUUAUCAGCCACUGAAAUGGUUACACAUCACAUUCGAUGUAGCAUCUGCAAAAGUUUCCCCAUCACUGGGCUAAGGUAUCGCUGUCUGAAGUGCCUAAAUUUUGAUCUUUGCCAAGUCUGCUUCUUCACUGAGCGUCACAGCAAACCACACAAGAGGUCACACCCUGUGAUGGAAUGCUGUGUGCAGCAGAUGUCAGCAAAGGAGAAUGCAAAGGUCUUUUUUCGCACUGUCAGAAACAACCUGCUUCCCGAGCGCUGCAGAAGAAAGGAGGCUCAAAGAAGGCAGACACUGGAAAUAUUCUGGGAAAUCUCCUCCCUCCGUCAUGCUCAAGCACUGCCCUCCGCAGAGCUCUGCAUUUCCCCACAGCCUGCCCAUCGUUAUCUAGCCUCUCCAGCAUACAGACCAACCCCAGGGGUACCCAAGCACUUAGCUGAAAAGUCACCUGCAGUGCAGCACAUUGAGAAUGACAACUGGGCACCAGUACAGGACAAGACAUCAGCUCAGACAAUAGCCUCUAUCAAGGCAGAAUUGUUAAAAGCUCAUGAAUCCAUCAGAGUCCUUCACAGUGAGAAGAGGUAUCUCAGAAAGCAGUUAAACAAAUGGAAAGACAAGAUGCUGCUCCUCCACAACACCCAGGAUGACAAAACCUGCCAACAAGAAGCAUUGCUCCAAGUCCUGAUAGCAAACCAUGAAAGCAUGCAGGCAGAGCUGCAGCAACUGAGACUGGAAAUAAAGGCAAUGUUACAGCCACCAAACCAGUCUUCAUUUGUAUUGCUCCAAAAUAUGAUGCCAAAAAGUGAGGACCCGUGGGAGGAAAGAAAACUUCAUAGUGGAUCAGAUUCGGCUUUGGCAAAGCCUAUGCCCACUAGCUGCACUGAGUGGAAGUCCCUGUCUCGCUCCUCUGCAGAAAAAAGGCAGCUACCACAGACACAGACUAAGCCAGUAGCAAUGAACCCAGGAUCAUCAGGCACCGCUUUGGGGUCAACACUCCUGCAGAAUGGCAAUCCCUUAAUGAGAGAGCAUGAAAAAUCAAAAGAGAAAGGGAUUCCUCAGACAGAUUGGGAGGGGAAAUCACAACCUGAAAAUGCCAGCAACCUUCCCCAAGGAAUUAUGCCCAGAGCUUGUAGUCCCAUCGCAGCAGAAGUGCCAUUCAAUGAGAAGGAGAUGAGUGAAGAGGAGGAACUUAAGAAGCUACUGCUGAAGCUGAAGGAUGCUUUGUGUCUCCAACUGCAACCAGCUCAGCAGUCUGCUACAAAGCACAAUCUGCUCUCCACAUCUGGGCAUGUUUGCAGGUCCUUCUCUGACCUUAUCAACCAUGUGACUUUGCCAGCUUGGAAGUAAUGGGAUGCCAGUAUUAGCCUUACUACUUCACUGUACUGUUGCCCAGGUAAUUACAGCCAUGUGUCAUCUCUAAAGAUGCUCAGAUAUUGAACUGUCGUAAUCUAACGGAAUGGAGUCUUCUGUGGUGUUAGAGAAGGAAUUCUCCCUUCGAAAAGUACCAUGUAUUCCUAGACUAUUCCUAAAAUAAAGAAAAUAUAGAGCCACGUCUUGGCCAAUGCACAUCAAUAUGCUUCCAUUGACUUCAGUGAAUCUAUGCUAUCAUACACAGUUGAUGA